UUGGUGGCGGUCAUGGAGGAAAUCGGCACUGGCUUCCGGAAAGAGCUGGUGAGCAAGCUGCUGCACUUGCAUUUUAAAGACAACAAGACCAAAGUCAGCGGGGACGCGCUGCAGCUCACGGCCGAGCUGCUCAAGAUCUUCGUUGUGGAAGCGGCCAUCCGCAGCAUCCGGCAGGCCCAGGCAGAGGACCUGGCCCAAGUGGACGUGGAGCAGCUGGAGAAGGUGCUGCCUCAGCUGCUUCUGGACUUCUAGGGGUUUCCACCCUCACUGUGGCCACCGGUCCAAGUCACGGCCUCUGGCUUCAGACGGGACAGGAGCUGCUGAUUCCCCAACGUUCUCCUCCAGCUCCCAGGAUUGGCCAGGUGCCAGCAAACCACCACUCUCUUCCCCAUCGUCCCCUCUGCCUGCUGCUGAUGGCCGGGAUGCAGCAGAU